AUGGAAGGUGCAAGAAGGUCAGAGGGUCAAGCUUUAGGCUUUAGGGGAAGCUAUAGUGUCCAAACCACACUUCAGGGUUCUCCAGCAGUGACCCCUGCCCUGGCUCUGUGCCAGCUCUUUGCCCGCACACCCAGCACAUCCAGCUUCUGUGAGGAUGGAUUCUGCUCAGCGAAGAUCAGGGAGAGAGCCCUCAUCUCCCCCAGAGACAGCCAAAAAGUAAACUUUGGGGCACAUGAUAAUUACAUUCCAGUCAGUGAAUUAAGCAAAAAAUCAUGGAAUCAGCAACACUUUUCCCUAAUAUUUCCCAAACCACAACGGCCAGGAAGAAAAUUAAGAUCAAGACCUUCCCAACUACAAGAUAAUACAGUUUCUAAAUAUAAUGAAGACAAAUUAAGGGGAGGUUCUAAACGACCAUUAUGGAUGCACCGGUCUUUAAUGCAAAUUUCUGAAAGACCAUCUGUUUAUUUAGCUGCCAGGAGACAGCCUUCACAUAAACCAGCUCAUCUCCCACCGUCAAAGGCACAGCAACCUUUACCUACAACAAUAAAUGACAAAAAAGAUAAGAGGGGUUCUAAAAAGGGCAAGGACUCAAUUACAGUAUCAGAAGCUGAAAAAGAAGACACACAGGAAGCCACUGUAAAAGAUAAAGGCUCAGAGAAGAGCAAGGGAUCCAUUGUAGAAUCUGGAGAGGAAAAAGGAGACACAAAGAAAGAAUCCAAAAAAGAUAAAGGUUCAAAGAAGAGCAAGGAAUCAGUUGCAGAAACUGAAGAUGAAAAAGGAGACACAAAGAAAGAGUCCAAAAAAGAUAAAGGUUCAAAGAGGGGCAAGGGGUCAGCUGCAGAAUCUGGAGAUGCAACAAAAGAUGCAAAAGAGGAUAAGGAUGGAAAAAAAGAUACAAAGAAAUCCAGUGAAAAAGGUGAUGAGUCAAAGGGCAAGAAAGAUGCCAAAAAAGAUGCCAAGAAACAUGCCAAAAAAGAUUCUAAAGCAGACACUGACCCUGAAUCUGCUGAGGCAAAAAAGAAGGCAAAAAAGGAAGCGAAGAAGAAUGAAAAGAAAGAGGCAAAGAAGGAAGCAAAGAAGGAAGCAAAGAAGGAUGCAAAGAAGGGGAAGUAG